AAUAGCUAUUCUCUUCUCGUUCUCUUAUUCAGUUGUGACUAAUCAAUGAGGUUCAAAUAAUUUCAAUUUUCAAGAAUAUUUCCAUGAGUUAAAUUUGAUGAUUAUGUCGUUCUUUUCACUGAAAACCCCAAGAUGUCUUUAUGCUGUGAAAAUAAAUUUCCUUUUUUCUACUUUCUCUCGUUUUCCACUUUUAUCUAAAAAAAAUAAAAUAACAGGCUUGAAAACUUACAAUUUUUCUACUACUUCUACCUCAUUAGUCCAAGAAUCAAAAGUGAAAGGCGUUCAUGAUAACAUUUCAUCAUUACAAUUGAAAAAAAGAUUGAUAAGGAAAAAGAAAUUGGUAGACAAUGAAAAAAAAGCGCCAGGUUUAUUCAAUGUAUCAGCUUUUGCAACUGCAGAAGAAUAUGAUCUAGAGCAAUUGGUACGAGGAUUAAAAAAUCAAGAUCUUUAUGAACCAAAGUUCAUAGAGAACAGUACCGAUGUUGUUGUAGCUUCAGCAAAAUAUCAGCUAGAAGAGGAACCAAGGGACAUAUUCUUUUUUCGUGAAGGUAGUGUUGUCAUGUGGAAUGUAAAUGAUUUGGAAAGUAGUAAUUUGUUAUCAUUUUUAAGACAAUAUGAAAAUGACAGCUAUUCUAAUCAGCUAAUUGAAGGAGAAAAUGAGAUAAUGACUUAUAAACAUCAAGAAGGAAGUAAAGCCAGUGUGAUAGAAAAAAAUGGAUAUUUUGGAUUGAAUAUAAAUCCAGAUUCAAUUCUCCUUGACAAAUAUACGUUUUCAAAUGCUCUGGCAUUAUCUGUAAAAUUAGCAGUAUGGGAAGUAUCUCUUGAAAAGUACAUUGAUUCAAUAGAGUAUGUUACUGAAGAUUUGAAAAUGGGGAAGAGAAUUAAAAUGAGUAGAGAGCAAGUCCUGAGAAAGCAUGGGGAAUUAUUUGCAUUGAGACAUUUGAUAAAUUUAAGUUCUGAUCUUCUAGAUACACCAGAUUUCUAUUGGGAUAAUGAACAAUUAGAAAAUUUGUAUCUACAAGUCUGCAGCUAUUUUGGUAUAAGCAAAAGAACAAAGGUCAUGAACGAAAAAAUAAACCACUGCGUGGAACUAAUUGAAUUGUUAUCUACUCAUUUGAGCAAUAAGCACAGCACAAGAUUGGAAUGGAUAGUAAUUUUACUCAUUUUAGUUGAGGUUAUUUUUGAAAUAAUUCAUUAUCUGGAUAGAUUUGUAACUUCAGGAAGAAACAAAUUUUCUCUAAGUCAUAUUGAAUCGACACAAGUUUAAAAUAUUCAAGAGAAAUGAAGACUUAUUCAUGAUAUCUUAUAUAAUAACUUUAAUAUUGUUAUUAUUUUUCAAAACCUUUAUUUGUUUUAUACAUAUAUUGAUAUAAUCAUGAUUAAA